UUAAGUUGAUAAGUGAUCCUUGGGUAGUCGUUGUGACCAGUCGAUUUUGAAUUGCUAGAAAGAAGAGAUCAAGAUGAAGUGGUUGGCGUGCUGCGUUGCUGUAUUAGCUGUUGUCGGUCUGGUGCAAUGCCUUACCAGCAGCGAAGAGAUGGUGAACUUGAAGGUUCAGAUGAUCAAGAAUUACAUGAGAGAAAGACAAGCCAUAAGUUCUCUGACGACAAAGGUUGAAUCUCUGUGUCCAGGAUACGGUUCCCAAUUUGAGACUGCUUUAAAUAAAGUUGAACAAUGUACCAAUGGCAUCGACGAAGAUACCGAGACUAUGUGUUCAGCUGUAGAGAACCACUUUGAGAGAUGCUCCAAGCCUGUAGUGAAAAUAUUCGAAGAAUGUCUUCCAGAGAAGUCUAAGGAUGUUCCUGCUUUCAUAAUCAAAGCGAUCUUGUCCGUUUCCAAGUACCUCUGCAAAACUGACGGCGAACACAUUUUUGAAUUGUCCAAUCCAUGUGUAAAGAGCCAAAACUAUCGCACACAAAGAUGCCUUCGUAAGCUCGAGAGUAAAUUCCAACAGUACUCAUCAACAUUCCCUACCAAGGAUGAAAUUUGCCAAUUCACCUCUUCCUUCAAAGGAUGUUUCGAAUCCCACUUGCUCCACAGCUGCGGCCACGUUAAAACCAGAGAGUCCUUCCUUAACGUGUACAAUGCCCUUCAGUCGCCAUGUCAGUCCAGUGGUACAGAGAACGAAGUCGACAUGCGAAAACCAAUACACGAAUGGGUUGAAGAAGUGUAAACUAAGAGCCUUUACAUGUAUGUUACUGAUUUAUAAUAUAGUUACUUUAUGUUCCUGUGUAGAUAACUAAUAAAUCGCCAAAAUAGUUAUGA